UGAUCACGCACUCGAUCGACUGCCUGGACUUGUACUGUAGUUGUACAGCAUAAAAACACAGGUAGGCAGGUGACUGUAGAAUUACAUGAUUGUAGUCGAUUCGAAGAAAUAGUCAGCUUGUGCUACUGCUCUCGCUCAGAUAGAAUGUAGACUGGAAAGAAACUGUCUGCUUUACUCGCAAGUUGUCACGGUCUGCCUUGGUGUUUAUACAGAGAGCCUAGACCAGGUUCACGUGAAUGGCGAUAUCGUGUUAGCGAAUAGGGUGGUGCGCUAUCAUGGCAAAUGAUCCUGAAAACAAUUUUGUUUUGCCGAGCGUCGUGCCCCGUCCCGAAUCGGCAGACAGCGCUAUGACGUGUAGUGAGACGAGUCAACCGGCCAGUAAUGUUCUCCAGCAAGAGAUGUUAUUGUCCAACCCAGCUAUGCAAGGCUAUGGAGCUGAGGGCCCAAUAGACAUGGCAAGUAACAUUAUGCCACUCUACGAAUUGCCGACUGGGUACGGUGGCGACCCGGCUGGUUCGCUCGGUUUUGCCACUGGCAGUAAUAUUCACGACUUGGAUGUUUUGCAGCGUUCGGCCCUCGAGUCAAUCAAUUCAUUGACUGGCCCUGCCAAUUCUCUGGGAAUGGAGGAUUUUCACCGGUACAUUACAGACGUCUGCGUCACACCAGCGUUGCCAGGAGUGAUUGGCAUGGCAGCAGAUCAAGACUGGAUAGAAGCAAGGAUACAAACGCCCAUGAAAGCUGCACCUUUCACCCCCCUUGCUUUCACUCACACUGAUGGCGCAACGGAGGAAAGCCUCCUCCAAUACUUAGCGACUCCGCAACCAUCACAGCGACACCAGAUGCACCUUGCUCCAUCAUCAUUGGUGCAAGAUCAUUCAAGUACGAUGGUCAGCGGCGGUGGGCGCACUACCCUAGGAUCACAUCAAAGCCAGAAUCUGGGAGGUUACAUGGGUGGUGGGAAUGCAGAUGGCUAUCCCAGAGUGCCAUACUUUCUACCAAACAGUGAGUCUGCAAUGCCUGGCUCGCAAUUUCCCCUGCCAGAUGAUCAAUUAGCAGUGAGCUCAACAGCUACCAACAUAGCUUCUUCCAGCAGUGUUGCUGCUGAUGCCACCACUAGCCAGCAGCACCACCAUCACCACCACCAGCAGCACCAUCAUCAUCAGCAGCAGCAGUACAAAAUGCCAGGUAAUGUUGGGGGACAUCAUGCUGCCACAGCCAGCAUGGCCAACCUUUCCAUGGUGCAAGACGGCGGCUCAGACCAGUUUCCUCCAUCUCACGUGAAUGUGUAUCCGCCUGGUUUGUGCCCCUGGGGGGCACCGUCAGGUAACAGUGGUCAAGCUCCUGGCGGCAAUCACGGAGAGGGGAUGAAUGGAGGUGGUAACUUCGUGAGACUCUCACCGCUUGGUGGGUCGCCACCAGCGCAGGAUCGGCCAUUUGUCUGUAAUCAUGAUGGCUGCAGUCGCCGCUUUUCACGCAGUGAUGAGCUGACUCGCCACACGCGUACGCAUACAGGCCAGAAGCCGUUUCAAUGUAAGAUCUGUAUGCGCUUUUUUUCCCGGUCGGACCACCUCACCACGCACAUCCGUACCCAUACCGGCGAGAAGCCCUUCCAGUGCGUACUGUGCCCAAAAAGGUUUGCCCGGUCUGACGAAAGGCGUCGUCACAUGAAGGUUCACAAACGGCCAGAAUCGAGAGCAGCAUCAGCCUUGCAGCACGGAGACUUUCCAGCUCUUGCCGGUAAGCCUUUGCCUACAAACAUGGCGAGCUUGGCAUCACUUCCAGCACUGGGCUCAACUGGACAGUUCUCUGCCACGGCUACUGCACCGGCUAUUAGUGCAGCCUCUGCUAGAUCUUCUAAUAGCACUGCUACAGCAACGGGUGCUGCCGCCUCCGCCGUCACACAGCAACACGUAUCCAUGGCAGGCUCAUCCACGGUUAACGUACGGCAGCAGCAGCAUCUCCAGCAACAGCAGCCACAGCACCAGCAGCAGCACCAACACCAGCGCCAACAGCAUCUGGUCCCAAAACCAGAGCCGGAUACUGGCAUGAAUGGUGAAGCGGAAAUGCGUAAUUCGUCAGCAGGCACGAAGGGGCCAACAGCAUCUGCUAUCCUUGGCAUGCGCCUACCUCCACAGGCAUAGGUAAGUCCUAGGUCGGUGUCAUUGAAUAGUGAAGUCUAGCUAGCCUGCUACUGCAUGGCGCUGGUGUAGCUCCAGGGUUUGGCAUAGCAUUAACUACUAUGCCAGCACCUUGCCAUAUCCCAUGUGCCGAUCGAGUCCUUGACUAAUCAGACUAUGUUUCUUACAUGCGUAUGACUUUCUUGCAUUAACGAUGACGUCGUGUGUAUAUAUGUAUAUAGUAAUGCCUAUGCCGUUGGCUUGCUGAGAACGUGAAACUACACCCAGCGUAAUUAUGUCUGCAUUGACUUGUGCCUCAUAAAGGUUAGUGACCAAUGUGACCAAUCAGACUAUGUCUCUUUCACGCUUUAUGACUUUCUUGCAUUAACGAUGACAUCGUGUAUAUAUGUCUAUGUCGUUGGCUUGUCAAGAACAUGAAACUACACCCAGCAUAUGUUUCUCUGCAUUAACUCGUGCUGCAUAAAGAUGACAGUAUCUGUCAUGUUAUGUUCUAGUUCACCGGGCUAUUCAAAACUCUUCUCAUGUCAUGUGCCAGCCUUACCAAUUACCAGGCUACUCUAUAACACGCUGACAGGCAUACGGAGUUUAAGCACACCUCUUGCGCCAAUAGCGUCCCCUCCUGUCCCAGUUUUGCUUCAACUUUGGCCCAGUACCCAAACCAUCUACUCAGUAGUCCUCCAAAUACCAAGAUGCUAUGCGGUGCACUAGCCCACAGGCACGUAGAGCUUGUAGUUAAAAACUUAGAAUAGACUAAAAAGCUUUGUACUCUACAGCUUCAGAUAAUCUGCCAUACAUCAUUGCGUGAUACACACUCUUUCGACGGCCAUAUUGCUAUUGCCAAUGUGGUGUAUACUAUAUAGCUGUGUGCGUGUGUGCGAAAAGGUGCAAAGAUCAAAACAAUUUUCCCCACGCCGACAACAAAGUGUGCAUAUGUGUGUGUGUGUUCACUGUUACUGGUUCACUUUCCGCUUUUUCACUGUCAAGUCACUUAUCAGUGAAACGUUUCUUUAUACUGAACGUAAAGCUGGAUCAUGCCGGUACUGGUGAUCGUUUCUGCUGCUGUUAACGUUGCUGAUAUAACUCUGUUUCUGCUGCUGUGCUAAUGUUGCUGAUAUAACUCAAUUAUUUUGUUUGUUCCCGUUUUGGGCCUUGACUGGUCCCUGUCUCAUCCUAUCGUAUAUGUCGCUUUCCUUCCUUCAUGUCUUGGCUUGACAAUAUCCUGUAGUAUAAAGA